UUUUAAGCAGAGGUCAGAGGACGUGAGUGCGCAGUGCAUCUUGGGAAGUGAAGUCUUUCUGAAUUUGGAUUAGCGUGGUGAUAACGAUUACCAUACCUAGUUUUUAAUAUUUUUCAGUUUAAUAAUAUACUUUGAUAGUUUUUAAUUAAGUUUACGCUAUUUGUAUGUUGUAACAGUAAUAGUGGCAACUUUUAGUUAGUAAAAUCUUAAAUACAAACAAAGAUUUCCCAUAAAGACUUGCUUCAACUAGCCGCAAAACAGUACGCUUGAAUUAUGAACUAUCUUGCCCAGACAUUUAUGGCCAAAACGAAUGAGUAAAACCUAAAAUAUACAUUGAUUUACGCAUGUGUUAUACUCCUGAUAAUAUUUAGCAGGGUUAGUUGUAUAUUUUAACUAAUUUAUUAGCCAAACUCACCGUCAAAAUACAAGUUUCGGUAAAACCAGGACGCCACCGUGUAGGAAACGAACACACCUUUGGUUUAGCCUUUUGAGUUCAAAUAAAUGACAUUUGCUAAUGAAACUUUGCUCAACUAUGCUCAUAACAUAACGAAUCUGACAUACUUUAAGCGUGAGGAAGUGUUUAUUGUUACGUAAAUAUACAUAUAUUGCAUAAUUUUACAAAAUACAUGUCAAAAAAACUUGAGUAAUCUGGUCUUUCUGGCUUGAUAGCUAGUUCGAUGCUAGCCUGUCUCUACAGCUAGCUCCACUGUAAACAUCAGUCAAAUAUUCGUUCCUCUUUGUAAUUGCAAUGGAAGAAGAGGUGUUUACCGACAUAAAUGGAAAAGUGAUAACUUUGGACUGCCAGGAUCACAGUAGUUUUUGCAGAGAAUACGUGGUGAGCUCUCCAAAAGUCUCAUUUUGGAAAGUUAUGGGCUAUACCAGCACAGUGUGGCUGGUUGCAUACGCGGUGUUUUUCUUCAUACACAACACAGCCAUCCUGAGCACUGCCAUCCUGAUCACUCUUUUGGGGAUGAUGGUUUUUAUCCACUUUGUGAAGGUGGAUCAUGAAACACUCUUGGUUGUUGGGUCUUUGGGGGUCCAGGUUUCGUACAGCUAUGCUUCAGGACGCGAAACCUGCUCCUUCAUUGAGAUGAGCAAGAUCAAGGACAUUGUCAUCAACGAAGCCAUCUACAUGCAUCAGAUCAUUUAUUACCUGUGUGUGCUGCUGAAGGACCCCUCCGACCCAAACGCUGUCUCAGGCGUUGUACCUUUGUUUCAGAGUUCCAAGCCGAGACUGAACUGCUUGGUGAAAGUCUAUAAAAGCUGUCAGGAGAUUCUGUGCAAGUGCUCAUGAUUAUAAAUUAAAUAAUGUGUGUUUUAAUUAAUUAAUGAAUUGUCUACUAGUGCCAUUUACCUGUAAUUAUUUUAUUUAUUUUAACCAAGUGCAAAUACUUCUUAUAUUGUAUUGAAAUUAAGAUAAAUAAUAUUGUCCCUAUAGAAAAAUGUGUCCCCUUCAUUUGACCACUCCUUCAAUUCUGCUGGGGGAACCACGGGGCAUUAUUCUCCCAAUCUGAGCCAGGAUGUUGAAUAUGAGCAUUGAUUAUUAUUAUGGUGCAUGCUUUUGUUUGAAUGUCUAAACUUGAUAAAACUGUCUCACCUCUUCUUAGAACUGAAUCUAUGAACCUUCUUGCUGUGAGUGAGAGUGCUAACCUGCUGUGACCUACCCAUUUAAUCUUAUAUUUUUUUGUAUUAGUACUUGUGUUAAUAUGAUUCUUAGAAGUAUUUUCUCAAUUUUAUUACAUAUUUUAAUAAACAUUUUAUCCGAAA